CUACUACAGCAUUAUGUCUGGUCUCCUUCUUCGCUAGUGCGAUUUAAGCACAGUUUUCCUUCAUUGGGCAAUCUAUCUUCAAUUUUUCACUGCUGAGCUGCGGAUACUAAAAGAUAAGGGUCUUUCCAUGCUAGGAGGAAGUAAGAAAUGUGCAGUGACGUUAGGCCUAACGUCAGGAAACACCCGGAAGUAGGGGUUUAUGUCCAUUUCUCAUGCUGUGAGCACAAGAGAUGAGAUUAACUACACUCAUGGACACCACAGUGGCUGUAGUCUGUCUUCUUGUCCUUAUCUGUCUAUUGGGAUUGAUGUGGUAUCAUCUCUAUACGCCGGUGCCAUCAGCUAUCAAACAGAAAUGGACAUUCCGCUUGGUGUUCAUCAUGUUCAAGGUCAACCGCAGCGUGAAUUUGUCUGCCUUGCAACAGGCCUGGAUCUUGACCCUGUUCCGAGUCUUUGGCAAGACUCUGGAGGAGAACAUGGCUGGCUUCACUGACUGGUGGCUCCCUGACUGUGCCAUGGAUGACAAACAUGUCAGCACAACGCUGAGGGACUUUGACAGUGUGCCUGUCCGGAUCCACCGGCCCAAGUUCCCCCAUGAGGCGGGGCUUCUGCCGGCACUGAUUUACUUCCAUGGGGGAGGAUUUGUCUAUGGAAGCUCAGCCUCCUAUCAUCCUUUUACAAGACGUUUAUGCGAGUCACUGCAGAUCGUUGUCGUGUCAGUUGAUUAUCGCCUGGCACCCGUUCAUUUAUUCCCUGCUGCCUAUGAGGAUUGCGUCACAGCCACCAAGUGGCUUCUUCUGAAUGGCCCCACCAUCAAUGUUGACCCGCACCGCAUCGCAGUGGCCGGUGACAGUGCCGGAAGUCAGCUGACUGCCGGGGUAGUCAAGAAGAUCCAUGACGACCCCUUGGUACCUGACCCCAAGCUGCACGCCCUGUUUAACCCAGCCUUGCAGUUUUUCAACCUCAGCUCACCAUCGCAUGUCUUGUACGAUUCUGUCUUCAACACCCGUGGCGGCAUGCUGACCUGUCGCGAAGCUGUCAGUUACUUAUCCACAUACCUCUUUGGCAAAAGUCUGGAAUGUUCAGCCUUCAUUGAGUGGGUGGUGUCUAACAAUGUCGUCACGACCGAAUAUCGGAAGCAGAAUCCUCGCUAUCUGAGCCACGUGGCUGAUGAGCUCGUCCCAGAGAAUCUACGAGCUGGUCUUGGUGUCAAGCCGGAGAAACCAAAUGACCCGGCAAUGUGGGCAAAGUACGGCCACUAUUUUGAAGAUCCUCGCAUUAGCCCUGUCAUGGCGGACAACAUGGAGGGGCUCCCCAUGGCCUACAUCGCCACAGGGAACUAUGAUUGUCUCCGCGACGAUGGCAUAUUCUAUGCCCGGCGAUUGGAGGAGGCAGGAGUCCCUGUCCGAUGGGUCAACUACGAAGAUGGCUUUCAUGGCAUGUUAAACAUCGUCUUUGACUUCUUCGAUGUAAGCAGGAGAGUGGAGAAGGAUUUCGUAGAGUUUGUAAGAGGAUACCUUUGAGGGUUGCAGAAACUUAGGAAAAUGUAUGCAAAUCUUUUGUAAUUUAUUUACAAUCUGUCUAUUAAAUUUUUCACGCUGGGAUACUUCGCACAUGUCCCAGAAGUGUAUAGAGGUGGACAGUGUGUUAGAAUUGGCUGUAAUACAUGAACUCUUGUUUGCAGCAAUUAUGGCAUAAUGACAGAAAUUGGAAGUGAUGAAGAUUUUGUGUUUGCGGUAAGAAAUGUUGCACAGAUGCCUCAUAAGGGUAAGCAUUUUAGGGCAUUUGGCUGUUUUUCAAGUGGGUCGAUAUAUUUUGCCUUUUAAUAACUGUUAGGAUUUCAGCUGAAAUACUGUACAUGUAUUAAGGUUCAGAAGUGGUUAUCGUCAGGUGUACAUGUAACAAGCUGCCUUAUUGAGUGUCAGGUGCAUCAGGGGUAACCCUCAACCUGCGGCUUCUACAUGUGCAUACAUGUAAAGCACCUCACUGAAUUCUCCACAUUCUCCACUGCCUAGGAAAAACAACCUGCCUUGAGAACUUGUUAAAAAGCAAUAAAAUCUGCAAAUCAAUUUCAUCGCUUUUUAGUAGUUAGAAUUGACCAAAACUGACUCAGAACAAACUUCUUUUGCCGUUAUACAUGAGCAUGUGACCAAUUACCGUUUGCUUUUGAUUUGCUAAAUGUGAUUUAUCCAAGGCAGAUGUGAACGUGGAAACCAAUUAGAAAGAUUAAGAGAGAUUAAAGCCAUCUAGUCUAGGGUGUAAUGUGGUGUCCUCAGGAAGCAUUACAUGUUAUACCAUGAUAUUUAUAUAUGAUGUAUUAUUUGGUAUAAUGAUAUUGGAUUGAUCUUUCAUCACCAUUUAUCAUGCUUACUACCCCAGAGUCUGUGGGAAUCGGGUGCAUCUUACUGUAAGCCUAAAUGAGGCAGUGCUCAUAAAGUAAUCCAUUUAUUAUCACCGAGCAAUGUUGAAAAUUUUAUUUGACCUUGCAUUUUGUUUGUAGGAGCUAAUUUUUUUUAGUUUGAGGGUAGAUGGUUUUGAUUACAUUUUGAGACCAUCUGUGCUUUUCUUACAGAUUCUGUUUCAUGUGUGCCGAGUGUUUUGUGGUUUUCUACUAAGUUCAUUGGGUGACAAGGAUUGGAAAAUAUUGUAUGAAAUAACAGAAUAAUUUACAAAUGCCAAAACGUAAAGGUAGUUUUGAACAGAUAAUCUUUUAUGUAGCCCUAUUUAAAUACUUUUGGACAAGUUCUUAUCUCAUUAUCCUAAUAUGCAAGAUGGAAAAAUACCUCAAAAUAUACUGUGCUGAGAACAGCAAAUUUUUGCCAAAUUUUAAUCAUGCAUUUUAUACAGUAUUUUACAAAUAUUUUUGAUAUAAAGACAUUUUUCAUUUCU